CAAGCUGUGCAGGCACAGCUAUGUUUGAGCCUAGGGCGCAUGUCAGUUUUACGUGAGGGCUGGAUGGCUUUUUGUUGACAUGUUCAACAAGAUCAACAUGAAAGCUUGAGUUACUGAUUACAUGUGAUUUUAUAAUUUGGAGAUAAGACUUGGGUUUUAAGCACAGAAGCCUGCCAGUUACAACAAGCUGUCAGCUGGAAUCCUUUAAACUUGGCCACACUGCUUCAGUCGAACAAGCAACAUCAUCAUGAGUGUAGAGUCGAAAAAAACACGUGAGGCAUGUUGCUCCAAGCUCAAGCUGUUCCUAGUCUCCCUGGCAUUUGUGUUUUUUUCCAAAGCUUUUGGUGGAUCAUACAUGAAAAGCUCCAUCACCCAGAUUGAGAGACGGUUCGACAUCCCCAGCUCUCUGAUUGGGGUCAUAGAUGGCAGCUUUGAAAUGGGAAACUUGUUGGUGAUUGCCUUUGUGAGCUAUUUUGGUGCAAAGCUCCAUCGUCCCAGGCUGAUUGGCAUCGGCUGUUUAAUCAUGGCUGCUGGAUCCUUCAUUGUUGCACUGCCACAUUUUUUACAGGAACCGUAUAAAUAUGAGACCAGUAUGUCCCACAAUACUCAGGUCAACAGCACUGAAAACAGUCUGCCCUGUUUGUCCAACCACAGCCUGACUGAGAAAGAUGAGAUCCCUGAUGUAGCAGCCAUACAGGCUUGUGAAAAGGCAGUUGGCUCUUCCAUGUGGAUUUAUGUUUUCCUGGGAAACAUGCUGCGUGGAAUUGGGGAGACGCCUAUCAUGCCUUUGGGAAUAUCCUAUCUGGAUGAUUUUUCUAGACAGGAGAACACUCCUUUCUAUUUGGCCUGCAUCCAUACAACAGGAAUCUUAGGCCCUAUGUUUGGGUUCAUGCUGGGGUCCUUACUUGCCAAGACCUACGUGGACAUUGGAUUUGUGGAUUUAGACAGCAUUACCAUCACCUACAAGGACUCUCGCUGGGUGGGAGCCUGGUGGCUGGGUUUCAUUGUGACUGGCACAGUGAUUCUGCUGUCAAGUAUCCCAUUCUUUUUCCUGCCCAAGUCUUUGCCCAAACAGGGAGAGGAAGACAGCAGCAACAAAAGUACAGAGCUAACCACUGGGCCAGAACAGGAGAAUUUCCUGCCAGAUGAGACCCAGGAUGGUGAAGACAAAGAGAAGACAGUCACAUUUAAAGAAAUGGUUCAAGACUUCAUUCCUUCGCUGAAAAGACUCUUCAGGAACAGCAUCUACUUAAUGAUGAUUCUCACCUACCUGGUUGUAGUCAAUGGCUUCAUUGGGAUGAUUACCUUCAAACCAAAAUUCAUGGAGCAGAUUUAUGGCCAGGCAGCAUCCAGGGCCAUUUUUCUCAUAGGCAUUAUGAACCUGCCAGCAGUCGCUCUGGGCAUCAUCACUGGCGGCUAUGUGCUGAAACGUUUCAACUUGGGUGUUGUUGGAGCAGCCAGAGUGUCCAUCACUGCAUCUCUUGGAUCCUUUUCCCUGCUUGUCCUGCAGGGUUUCUUCCACUGUGACAAUGCAGAGGUUGCUGGAUUGACUGUUGCAUAUCAAGGUUAUCCACAAGUGUCUUACAAUUACUCAACAAUGUUGGCCCCAUGCAACAUGGGCUGUUCCUGCUCAUUGAAGCACUGGGAUCCAGUUUGCGCCUAUAAUGGCAUGACAUAUGCCUCGCCCUGCCUGGCUGGCUGUCAGACCUCCACAGGAAUAGGAAAAGCAAUGGUAUUUCACAACUGUACCUGCAUUGAGACCUUUAUGACUCCUGCUGCCAACAUGUCUGCUGUGCUGGGCCAGUGUCCGAGGAAGAAUGAAUGUGAUUUUAAAUUUAAAAUCUACAUGGCUUUGACAGUGGUAGGAGCCUUCAUUUCUGCCUGUGGAGGCACACCGGGAUAUAUUGUACUGCUCAGAUCCAUCCAGCCAGAUCUGAAGUCUUUGGCCUUGGGUAUGCAGACACUGAUUGUGAGAACUCUGGGUGGAAUCCCUCCGCCAAUAUAUUUUGGAGCACUAAUUGAUCGGACGUGUUUGAAGUGGGGCACCAAGCAAUGUGGAGGACGUGGAGCAUGUAGACUUUAUGAUUCUAAUGCGUUUAGAAUGACUUUCUUGGGAUUAAUAACUGGACUCUACUUCCUUGGCAAUGUGUUGUGGGGAGUCCUCUAUGUCAAAAUUGUCAAGAGACAAAAGAAGUUAGCACUGAGGGAGCAGGCCAAAGACAAUGGAGUGGAGGCCAACACACCGACUAAUGGACAUGCAAACAUCAGCUUUGCUAAAGACAAGGAAGAGGACAGCAAGGAGAGCUCUAUUUAACAUAUUACAAGAGGGCCAGUUCAUUCCCAAACUGGACCAAAUGUGGUAAGGUACAGUUUCAGCACUGUUUGGUCUUCUAGCAGCAAACCUCUUUCUUUUUUCUUUCUUUUUAAAUGUCAUAUUUGUUUAUUAGGAUUUUUGAUGUAUUUCAGUUAUAAACUUCUGCAAGUCUGUAUAAUGUAAAGUAAACAAUACAAACAUUUUAAAGCUUUUAACUAUCCAAAAUUUAUACAGUACUUGACUGUUAUUAGGUCAGAAGAUCAGACCAUUGUGUUUAGCUAAGGUUUUAAGCUUGUCUAAGAUAUGAAUUUCAAAUUACAAAAAAAUAAAAAUAUAAAAACAAAAUUACAGGUUUACAUGCCAUUAAAGCUGAAAUCCUAACCCUAACCCUAUGUUAGCAUUAUUACUUAUGGUAAACCCUAUCCCAAGAAGUACCAUUGCUUGCAUUGCAUGCCACCAUGCUUAGUUUGGCUUUGAAUGGUUAUUUCAACCUGGAAAGACUCACAUAAUGGAGAAACAAGAUGACGGUUAAAGAGUUUAUUAAUGAAAGAUUAUUUCUUUGGCACUCGGACCCCUGAAGAAGACAUAAAUGCUGAGGAUUAAGUGGGUUUGAAUAAACAUUUUAGGAUUAUGAUUAGCUACGUCUUCCCCCCCCCUGGAAUCCGAUCCUGGUGGUGGCGUAGGCCUUGGUAUGGAAGUUGGGAGUUGGGAGCCUAUGGUGGAGAAGGGGUGGAAGAGGGUCGAAGCUCAGCAGAAGAGCAGUGUCUUCCAUGCAGAAGGUCAUUAAAAGUGAUGCCCAGGGAGAUGAUUGGCCGAGAAGUGCGGACCUGCUGUUGAUUGGAACAGCCAGUGAGGAGUGAUUGGACGUGGCGGGGUGGUGAGUCUUCCAUGUUGCAUUUUGGUUUAAACUCCAUAUGAAAAAGGCAGAGUUAGCACUGUGCUCUUUAAAGGUCUUUUCCUUCUACUGCUAUUAGUCAAACAAAACCAACGUGUAUCAUCAAGGAAACCUUAUUGUAUGGAGAUCUUUUAAGCUUGGAAAAUAGAUUUUCUGCUGUAAUAAAUGUGAAGUUGACUACAAAGGGGAUGAUUUACCUUCUGUGGAUAUAAAAACAGAAUUUGACUAAUAUUUCUAGUUUAGCUAGCCCUAUUUGCAAUCUAGCAUCAAAUUUACCAAGCAGAUUUGAGAGUAGGAUCAGCAGCCUUUAAUUUGGUCAGAACUGAAUAGCAUGUUCUUCAAAAGGAGUUUGCCUCAAGGAAAUUUGAAACAUUCUCAACCAGAUGUUCAAAAAAAACACUUUUGAGUUUUUUUCAGUAAUUCUCGUUAGACAGGUGUUACAUUGUAAGAAAUACACAAAAUAACUCUAGUAUCUCCUAGACAUACUAUUGUUUAAUUUAUUUUCAAGUCUCUUAAUGUCAUCUGUCACUCAAUUGUAAUGUUUUUUUCAUCACUGGAGGUUAUCAGUCAUGCUAUUGGUUUGUUACCUCACAUCCUGAAACUUUUUUUUACAAGCUUACGCAACUCAGAAAUACAUAGUCAUUGUUUUAUUUUAAAGUCAUUAAAAGAACCCUAAAAUGUGCCCCAGCACUGUAUUGCGUGUCAGUCUUAUAUAACACAUUAUAGUUUUUGUUACAUAAUUUCAUAAAGUGUUGUAAAGUUAAUUGCUGUUUGAACAGUGGACUGCAAGCCACUGGGUUGAGUGAUAAGCUUGACCUUUUUGAAAUUUACUUUCUUAUACGUUGUAAGAAACAUUCAGUCACACAGAACUGACUAAAUAAUAACAUUAAUAAUGUGUUAAUGUAAUUUGAAUUUACAUAUGAAGUUAGAUGUUUUUUAUGAUGUCAUUUCGGUAGCCUCAUUACAUAAUUGCCUAACUCAUGACUUAGGUAAUUAUGCUAUGAGGCUAAUGAUUUAUAUUGCUUUACUAUCUCUUCUUCCACUCUCUCUUUACCCAUAAUUGUGUUGUUUGUACAGCCUGAUAUACAUUAAAGACAAUCCUCUCAUUAUUUUAUCCUAA